UUGCCUAAAUGUAUGUCAGAGUUAAGUCACCCUCCAACAUUUGGGGCCGAAGGUCCAUUUCCUCAUAAAUAGUUUGUAUUUUCUGCAGUGUUUCUUGGAUCAUUUUUAAAUGCUCGCUGAGGGAACAGCUGAGCUAAAUUGUGUAUGUGUGUGACGUAACCUAAAACAUGUCAGAGAGCAAAUGCAUUUUCUGCAAAAUAAUCGCAGGCACUGCCACUGUCCAGAACACCGAUUUCCUGUUCGAGAGUGACGACUUCGUGGUGUUCCGGGACAUACGCCCGGCGAGCAAACAUCAUUAUUUGGUAGUUCCGAAAGAACAUAUGAGUGAUUCUGCGUCUCUCAAGGAAUCUGACGUGGAUCUCGUCGAGAGGAUGGUGGCCAUCGGGAAAGAAGUUCUAGAGAAACAGGGAGCAGACGUCAGUGAUAAUCGCAUGGGAUUUCAUUGGCCACCUUUCCACACGGUGUCUCACCUUCAUCUGCAUGUGAUUUCCGCCCAGAACGAAAUGGGAUGGAUCGCUCGAUUAAUUUUUAAGCCUAAUUCGUUUUGGUUUGUGACAGUGGAUUGGUUGCUGAAUAGGCUAAGAAAUAUGAAUGCAGAAUCCGCUAAACAGUAAUCCCAUCAGUUCCGAAUAAAAGGAGAGUUCCGAACGUUUCAGCAUGCCAAUAGUGACACUACUAAAUUACUAAGCUGAAUAUACUGAAUGCUGUUACGAUUGGAAAUCUUGCCGAAAAGAGAAAUGGAAAUAUAAGGAAUGAAGAUGAAUGGACUACAAUGGUUGGAGUGGACUUUCAUAAAUAGGUGUAAUAUUAAACUAGGCCUAUUUUUUUUAUAGUGUGAUUUUGUAUUAAAUUAUUGAUACGUUGUAAGCUAGGCCUACAUUAAAAAAUAUUUAUAAAUUGCUAUAAUACA